CACAUUAUAUCCCCUCUCGCUCUAUUUCUUACACGCCUAUCUUUAAGUUUCUGUAUCCCCAUCUCUUGUUAAAAAAGUGCCACCACUAACACCUGCCUCGUUGGGUCUGUCUCUCUUGAAACCACCAUUUAGACUGUUCAUUUUAUAGCAACACAUUGAUCCAGUCAUUAAUAAAUCAAUGUAUGGAUCACCUCCAAUUGAAAGGAAAUAAACUGGAUCUCCACCGCAGCAGUUUUACCUCGGAUUGAGCAAAGAUUUCUUCAACUUUUCUGAGAACUAUUUGAAGAGGCAUGACUAAUUACGAUCCAGAAAUGAAAGACCAAACCACAUCCUCCUUUGUCGUCUUGACUGUCUUCUUCAUCCUGGUCACCCUCGUUGCCCUCCUGGUUGUCCUGUACAUGUGGCUAAACCGCCAGACUAAUGGCCAGUACACAGUCCACCAACUGGUCCUUGGGAAGGGUGGGGCCAGGGACCGGGUGAGGGGCGGGGUCCAAGUCCUGGAGGUGUGGUUCAGGCGUCGCCUUUGGCCUCUCAGUGAGGAUGAGGAGACUGUAGGAGGGGAGGAACAGAGAGACAAAGAGGAGGAUGUAGAGAGAGUGAGUGAGGGAGGGGAAAGCAAGGGGGAGGGGAAGAAGGAGGAGGGGGAUGAGAGGGAGGGCCGAGUGGACGACUCUUCGGAUGACUACUCCAGUUCGGAGGGCUGUGGCCUGACGGAGAGUGUGAAGGUCAUGGACGAGAAGAAGGAGAGGAGAGAGUGUGAGGGGAAGCGAGAGGAGAAUAUGGAAGAAAAGGGGGAUAGCAAAGGUGAUGAGGGAGCAGUGGGAGGAGAAGAAAGUGGACGGGGAGGUUUGCUGAUACACCUGCAUCAGUCCUCUGGUAGUGCUAUCUGGUCUGAAGAUUAUGAGGGAGGCAAAGACAACAAUCAUGUGACUGCAUUGUGAGGAAAGGAUCAGAAAGGAGAAAGAGUUCCAUUAAUACAUUUUUGUACAGAAAUAGCGCUUGACAGAACAUUGGCUACUUGUCAUCAUCACCAUCAUCAUCAUUGUCAUAAUUGUAAACCUUUUACAAACCAGUGUUAUAACAAUCAAGGCAGAAAACAACAGAGUACUAAAUCAAUCCAAUCAUCAAAGUGACUGACAAGAGCAACAAUUGCAGCUUGAAUACAUGAAGCAGUAUUAAUGUAUUUUAGAUAUAAAAUAUAAUUUUUAAACGGUUUCAAAGUUUCAUGGGUUUCAAAGUUUUGGGGUUUGCACUGUUGCUAUGAGAUGAUUUGUAUUGUAAAUAUUUGUGUUCUGUAUAUUUUAUGAAUUUAAUUGCUAUUUAGAUCCUUCUUCCUGGAGAUCUACUGUCCGGUAGGUGUUCAGUCUAAUCCUAAUUUAGCAUAUCUGAUUCAGCUAGUUAAGUUAUUGUUGAGCAGCUAAUUAGUAGAAUCAUGUCUGUUAAAUUAGGGUUGGACUGAAAACACACAGGACGGUAGAUCUCCAGGAAGAGGGUUGUGCAGCCCUGGUCUAUGGCUUGACUUUGUGCUAUACUGUUUCAUGUCUUAUGUACAUGAUGUUUAUUUCCAGAGUGACAAUUUUAUACUUUUUAUUAUCUGUUACAACUUAAAGGCCCAGUGCAGUCAAAAUUAUGUUUUGUAUCAUGUUGUACAGCAACUCAUGGAACAAACACUGUAAAAAUGUGGAAAGAUUUGAUCAGUGUUAUUCCUGAUAGUUGCUGGUGGAAAAUACAAUCUACACAGGGCCUUUACAUUUUUAUUUUUGAUGAGAGACUGUUACAGAGGAGUGUAAAUGUUUUUUUUAAGGCUGGAACAUGUUGAAUCGUAUUGUUGUAUGUUAUAAUUCUGUAAUGUAUUGAUUGUUGUUGCCUUUUUGGCCAGGUCUCCAUUGAAAAAGAGGGUCUUAAUGUGCUUUUCCUGGUUAAAUGAAGGUUAAGAACAUUUUUUAAAUCAGCAGGUUUGCAUGGCAUUCCCCUCCCACUCAGACCACUUCCUAACAGUCCUAGCAAAAUUCUUGCCUGAGAAUUUUUUGUUGUUGCAAAAAGGCUAUUUUUGUCUAUUUUAAUGAAAAACUAUUAUAGUAAGGUUCUUAAUUGUUACCCAGAAGUAAUUUGAUAUUGAUAUAAAAACGGUUGCAUGAGGCUUUUAAGUGUUUGCGCUGAUGUGAUUAUAUUGUCUGUUUCCUUUUCUUAAAACUGCAUUGUUGGUUAAGGGCUUGUAAGCAAGCAAUUCACUGUUGUAUUCGGCGCAUGUGAUAAAUAAUAUUUGAUUCGAUUUAAUUUGAUUGAUAGUUUUUGUUGAAAUAAAAAAAUAUUUUCCAAAUGAC